CCUCCGAUCAUACUUGCAAAACUUCCAUGCAGACCCCCAGCGGUAUAGCGAAAUCUAUCGGCUUUGCUGCAAAGAGGAGAAUAUGAGUACCAGGAAGGAAUUCGUGCACCCGAACCUCAAACUCGUCCCGCCUCGCGGACGGCAACUGGAGGAUUCGGAUUCAGAAGCUGACGGGUCCAUUAUCGAGAGGAACGGAGGCCCCGUGCACGCUCUUGUCGAAGACAGGGGUAUCCAGGGAGACGAGGGCGGCUUCGUGCCGUUUUCUUUUGAGAAGCUGCCAUGGGAGCUCCAGGCCAGGAUCCUGAAACUGAUCCUGCACAAACGAGACAGAAUCAUCCAUUGCCUCUCGAGGCUGGACCCUUUUGUCCAGCCCGAUGACUUCCCCGGCGCCGAGGACCUGGGCCAAACCAGGAGCGGGCUGAUGAACCGCUUCUUCUGGGGCAAGAGGAACUGCAGUUUGACCCACGACGGGGUCGAGCCUAACCGCCUCCUCGCCAUUCUCAGCGUCAGCAAGCGGCUCCAUUUCCUCGGCGUCCACAUCUUCUACGGACUCAACACCUUUGCCUUCUCCAGCCUCGGAGAGUUGGGACGGUUCUGCCAAGGUUCCGGGCCCGCCCGAGUGGCCCGGAUCCAGCACGUCGAGCUCUCCCUCACGGGCAGCCAGUACCUGACCGCACCCCCGGACACCCGGGGCAAGACGCCCUUCUCGCGCCGGACCUACCCGUUGACAUGGCUGGCAGACAUGUACCGGCUCAAGACGCUCGUGGUCCACCUCAACGAGACGGGCAGGUUCCACACCCGACGCAAGUACGAGCACCCGACCAUCAAGGAAUUUGCCGCGGCGAAGACCGCGGGACAGCCGAACCAGAGAAUGGCCCGCUCGCUUCGCUGUGUGCAGGGCAUCGACUACAUCUACUCGCUCCGCGGCCUCGACUGGAUCCGCUUCUACGACUUCCAGAAAGUCCUCGAAGCCAAACGCGCCGUCCGCGUGCCCGUUCGGGACUGGUCGUUCGUCGAGGACGUGACAAACACGACCACGAUGCCCAAGCCACCCCAGCGGGCCGCCCACGCGGAACUCGAGAAUCUCGAGCCGCUGUUGCCGGCCGCGGAACAGAACUGGACGCCUAGCCUCGACGACUGGCAGCUGGUAAAGAGCGUCUACGUCAAGAACAACGGCCGAUGUUCAUAAGACGAGCUGAGGACCCAGAAAGAGAAGAAGAACCGUGAUCGUGACAUCAGCUCGCUCCUCAGCGCCGGAGGCGCCGCGCCACUGGC